GCUGUGCUCGGCGGCAGCAGCUGAAUGAAGUAGACGGGAGGAAGUGGCGGUUAAUGCAGCUCCACACCUUUCCGGUGUAGCAGCACUGCGACCAGCUCGACUUAAAGGAGAAAGACGAGAGCUGGGUGUAUUUAUCGAGACAGGAGGGGGAGAUAGGAGGGGGACGAGAAGUGGAGUUUCAUGAGUGGAUACAUGUGUUGCUGAGUCACCGAGGAUUUUUUUUUCUCGAAGACGUCCCUUUCAGUACGGUGAAGUUACCCGGCGGGACGCUUAAUGGAAUAACCGCAGAAAGCUGCUUUUCUGCUCCGGUACUAGUGAAGAGAACAAGGGCGCACCCGGUGAGGCGGACCGCCAGACACAAACACCAGAAGGAAUUCACAAGUACCGCGGCUUUUUCGGGGCCUUAUAUACACCGUGUCUGCUUUCUGCAGUUUUCAAUCGCCACGGCCUGUGUUUGUCGCACAGAUUUAUGGUGAUUUUGGCAACACAAUGAACGUCAGGCAACAGCUGCUGCCAAGUUCUUAGUUUAACCGUGCCAUGUUGAGUAUAGGGCCUGAAAACAUUGUGAUACACUGAAUGUAAAUGUUCCUGCACUUCACAGGAUCCUGACGCACAGACUCUCAAGUAAAAAGUCCUUAACUAUUGUUAAUUUUUAACAUGAGUGUGCAUUUUUGACUUUUCCCCCACAAAUGCUCUUGAGUGAGUCAUGUUUUCACAUGUAAGCUCAUAAUCAGACAGAAGUUAAGAGUUGAAGUGAAUAAUCAUCAGCACGGUGUCAGACAUUUUUCUCGUUAGGGACAAAGUAUUUAUGCACAAGAGUUCAAAAUGGGGAAGAUGCUCUCAAAAAUUUUUGGCAACAAGGAGAUGAGAAUAUUAAUGCUCGGACUUGAUGCUGCUGGAAAGACAACAAUCCUUUACAAACUGAAACUCGGACAGUCUGUCACCACAAUCCCCACAGUCGGCUUCAAUGUGGAGACUGUCACCUACAAAAACGUCAAGUUCAACGUCUGGGAUGUCGGAGGCCAGGACAAGAUUCGUCCUCUGUGGCGACACUACUACACGGGCACCCAAGGGUUAAUUUUCGUGGUGGAUUGCGCGGACAGGGAUCGCAUCGACGAGGCAAGGCAGGAACUUCACCGCAUCAUUAAUGACCGGGAGAUGAGGGAUGCCAUCAUCUUGAUAUUCGCCAAUAAGCAAGACCUCCCGGAUGCCAUGAAGCCACACGAAAUCCAAGAGAAGCUCGGAUUGACCCGCAUCAGAGAUAGGAAUUGGUAUGUUCAGCCCUCCUGUGCGACUACAGGUGAUGGACUGUAUGAGGGCUUGACAUGGCUAACCUCAAAUUACAAAUCUUAAUGAUUGAGUGCUGACUGUUUUAGGUCAAAACUAUAAUAAAGUUGCAAGUAACAAAUAACUUCUCAAAAUGAGUAUGGUUAAGAAAAAGUUGAUUAUUUCCCAUUUAUUUUUAAUACUACCUUUACCCCAUGACUAAUUUAUCUUUAACUGGGUUUUCUGGCUUCAAGUUUGCUUGUACUCUGUAGCAGGCCUAUAUCACAUUCAUUAUUUCAGGGCUUGCUUGAUGAAUAUUGAAUUAAUUGGUCCUAAUGUUAAAGCCACAGAGAUCACCGCCUUUGCCUAUUCUUUUUCCUGUUUUAUAUAAUUUUUCUAAUGAAGCUGAAGUUUUUAUCUUCAUUCUUGGACUACAGCUUGUUUCAAGGUUCUUAAGUCUCCGUUGCAUUGAACUUGGAUCUUAUUCUUUUUCUUCUAAGGUGGGAUCUUUAAUGUCAUGUAGCCUACUUGGAAGGACUUUUGACAUUUGUUUUAACACAGUACUGUGAUGAAAAGUAUUUCCUCUCAAUGGUAUUGACUGCAGCAAGGGAAAAAAAGAGAAAAAAAAUCACCAUUGCUUACAUUUCAUUGUCAUCAGUCUUGACACCAGAAAAAAAAUUAUUUCGGACAUGUUUUGUUACCCCUCCCAAUCCCCUUAUGUGGGCUAUAUAGUUAACCGAUUGACCUUUUGUGUCAUGUCUUGAUACCUAAUUGUGCUGAAUAUUCAACAAAUGGGCCUCCAGUAACUCUUAAACAUGCUUGUUGGGAUGCAUUUUUAAUUUUUUGGGUAACACGUAGUCAGUCGACUCAAUCUUUCCAAAGGAAUGUCAUUCAGCUCUGAGCUCUCUCAAUCUGAUACUACAGUUGAUUAGUCUCAGUAUUGGGACAUUAUAUGAUAGCCUAUAUCUGUAGCAUGAGUACGAAAGUACAGUAACCCUACAUCAGAGUCCAUCUGUCGUGCAGUCAGAGGGAGCUGUUUACUGGUGAAAUGUUGAAAGACACCUUGUGGUGCAGCUCUUUCUCCUAUUUUGACCAGGGGGAACCAUGUACAGAACAAUGUCAUUGUAAUGUCUUAUUAAAAAAGUGAUUUUAAA